AUGACUAGCACAACCACCAAACAAGGCUUCAUUUUAGACUUCGACAACACAAUAACAACAAAAGAUACAAUUUCAACUUUGUUUUCCCAGGUUCUCCAAUACCAAAAAUCUCAAGGCCGCGGCUAUUCCAAAGCAUAUGAUGAUAUCAUUUCGGGUUAUACUACAGACUACGCAGCUCAUAUCGAAAACUACAGACCAAGGAAGGAAAAUCGACGAACUCUUAAAGAGGAGAUAGCAUUCCAGCGAAGUCUCAAGGAUGUUGAGUCCAAGAGCUUUGAGCGGGUUAGCAAGUCUGGGAUGUUCAAAGGUAUUAGUGAUGAGAUAUGGAAGACUUUAGGUCGACAGGCAGUAGCAACAGGAGAAAUUGAAGUACGAUCUGGAUUUUGGAAAAGUGGGGGAGAUCAGAUGCCCAAAAGAACAUCUGCAAUCUUGUCAGUGAACUUUUCGAGAGCUUUUAUCGAAGGCGUCAUCAGCGUCCAUCCAGAAAACUGCUUUGGGGAUUUUGAUAGUAUUGUGUCGAAUGGACAGCUUGAUUCCGCGGAAGGGAAUGGCGUGGUUAUCGGUCCGAAGCUUGAUGACAGUAGGAAUAUUAUGGCAACUUCAGAUGGGAAAUGGAAUGCUAUGAACAAAAUACGGCAGAAGUGGCAAGAUCAGGGCGAUGCUAUUAUGGAAUUGAUUUACGUAGGAGACUCGGGUACAGAUAUCGAAUGUUUGACCGAUAGCAGUGUUAUUGGGGUGAUAAUGACGCCCGAUGGAGGAGGAUCGCUUAUGGACACAAUGAAUAGAGUUGGAAUCGAAGUUGUUCAUAUUUCAUCGUUCAAAGAAAGGCAAGAGAUGGAACGGAUCUUGUAUUGGGCUCGCGAUUUCGUGGAAAUAAUCGAAAGCCCAAUCUAUAGAUCCGACUAUUAG